CAUAUUCAAUCCAAAUGGAAACAUUGGACCUAUAAAGAGCUUAACCUGGAUAAUGACCGGGAGAAACGGUAUUAACAAAAUUUGAAUCGAAUGGCGGAUUAUUUCGAUUUUUGAUUCGUACAAUUUUGAAUCGCCAUCAAGGCAUAAAGUGUAGACUUUCGGAGAAGUAUUAUACCUUUAUCACGCCUGUAGAUUCAUGGAUUCUUAUAACACAAUAAAAUGAAGUUCACAAUUUGGACAAUUCUUUGCCUGAUUCCUGGCUCUGAAGGUGGAGCAUUUUUGAAUAUAGGAUAUGGUUUGGUCGCGACGCAACAAUACCUGGCCGUUGGUGCAGAUAACACAAUAUUCCUCAUGGAAGAUAUUCGUAUAGAUUACAAGGGAACACUACGAUCGUUCUCAGCCUAUUUCGCCAACGGAAACGCCGUGAUGUUUGGGAUAUGGCGGCCUGAUCCUGCAGAGCGAGGAAAAUACACUUUAGUCGGUGCUAAAAUGCAUAUUCCAGAAUCCGCCCCUUCAGCUAAUACAGUCAUUCUCAAGCCGUCAGAGUUUAUUAGAGUUUUUCCAAACGAUAUAAUGGGGAUCAUGAACCAAGAAGGAAUGAGCUCUGUAGCUUACACAUACUUUGACACGACCAUCCCUUCCUGGUUCAAAUCAAUAGAUAUAGAUAUCAACGAGACCAUUCCAGUUAAGGAUGACAAACUUAAUUUCUCAUUUCUUAAGAGUCCUUAUAAAUUUUCCGUGGGGUGUACGUAUUAUACGGACGAUGAUGUACCGCCUAAUGUAUCUACAACGAUACCAUCUUACUUUAAUGUCAGUACACCGUCAUGGUUAACCACGGAGACCUCCCAGAGCACUACAUCAAUAGCCACUCUAACUACCGUCCCUUUAACAACAACAAGAGCAACAACACCGAAUGAGACAAUUACAACGGAAUCUAGUUCAUUAACUUCAACAACUCCAAUGCCGUCUCCAAAAACAGAAGCCCGCGUUCUAGAGAGUGAUGACGUUGUCCUCAGUAGAUGGAUGGUGAUUAUCAUUCUUGUUUGGUGUGGUGCUUUAACAAUUGCAUAUUUCAUCCUUAUUACUUGUCUUAUAUAUAGAAGACGUAAAAAGAAGCAGUAUAUAAUGGAUUCACUAAAAAUGAUCCGCCCGCCUCCACUAAGUCCCCUAUCUGAGAUUGAGGGAAUGAAGGGCGAGACGGUCAUGGAUUAUUUUCUCCCGCAAAUACGUUCUGAAAGCAGUGGUAACAUUAACCCAAGCUUUUCAAAUAGCCAACAAUUUCAGAUGCAAACCAGUAGCCCCUUGUCAGCUUCGACCGAUGAGCCCAGAUGGCUACAGCGGAUAUGAAACUACGUGACCGUAAACUAUAAUGAUUAAAGGGAUAGUAAACAAUGAGCUGAGAAACUCGUCUCUAACGUUAGUUGUCCCUUUAAAUGGAUCGAAAUGACACAUUGGUUUGCUUAUUAAUUGAACGAUAAAGACUUCAGGUUACCUCACUUUCAUUUUCUUCUACUUUAAAUAUGUAUGGGUUCAAACUUGACCAUUGACCUAUAAUUUGCAAACAGUCAUAACAAUAUAAUCUGUUUGUACGAUAUGAAAUAAAAAAGACCAUUCGACGGACAUUUUUUUUAAUUCGAUCUCUUCUACUUGCUUCGAGCUAGAAGUGUCACUUGUUUUCAAUUAGAAAUAAAAA